CUCGGUUCGAUCAGCACGGGCCGAACCUCCUCUUAGCACACGCAGUCCUCCUCGGACCUAACGCCCUGUAAAUCUCGAUGCUGGCACCCCCACCACCCACAACGACAAACGAACCAAAGGUGGCUUCCGUAGCUCACCGUCACUUCCUCCCCCGGAAAGACGUCUCGGAUGGUCACUGCCACGACAGUCAGCUCCUUCCCGGUCCGGACCUCAUGAAAACGCGCACAGGGGUUGCAGGAAUGGUUCAGGAGCCGCAGUUUUCCACCCGCAUGGAGGGCGUCAAUACCCACGUACUUGUUACCGGUCGUCUUGGUCUUCAACCCCAGGCGAUACCCGUCGUUCGCAGGUCCGUUCUUGCGUGGGGCGCCAAAGUGUUGGAGACGUCCGAAGUAUUCUCCUAUCACCUCCCCUGCAGGUAUGGCUCCAACUGCUACAACGCCCCGCAUCCCGGUGCGCACGUUGCGGCAGAUCGCCAGGACAGAACUCUCGCGGAGUGAGUUACCGCACACGCCCAUGAAGGGGCAAUUCACGGCGUUGCAGAACCGGUUAGACUGGGCGUUGACGCAAGUAGACGCUAGACACCGAUCCUCGCAUCCGCAGCCCUCUCCUCCGUUGAUGCCCGAGCUGACAGGCGGAAACUUCAAGUCUUGCGGGUUGUACUGAGAAGUGAGGAACAUCACCUCCAGAGGCCACCGCUCCGGCUGCCAUUCGUCACGCGCAGAACGAAGAGACGUGUCCACAAGGAGCUCGAAACCCGGAGAGCUAGCAGCCGAUGCUGGGGCUGGGCGAGGCGUGCUUGCAGGAGUGGCUGCACCCGCUUUCGUCGGGGUAACGAUUACGGUAACGGCGUCUGAAUUGUAGCCUUCAAGAUCCAUAAGCGUUCCGGUGCUCGAAAGUGACCGAGUGCUGGAGAAGGAGCGUGCAGGAGAAGAGGAGUCCCAAGCUUCAGAGAUCGUGGUCCCGCCACUAGAGGCAGCCCCGUCGGUCUGGUCGGCAUCUGGAAGGGUGGUUAGCUCGAACUCGGACAGGGGGCGAGCUUGAAUGGUGGCGGAUUCGGGUACGAGCCGGUGGGCAAAGGUGCGGCCCGAUCGUAGCCACGGCAUCGAGCGUCCUGGCCAAGUGUUACCCCCUGCCGUUAAAGCGGGUAUAGCGCUCGAAUUCUCUGCGGUCCUUGAGGAGCCAUCUGCAGCAUUAUCACAAGUUAGUGAAGCCUCUACUCGACUCAACAGGAGAAUCUUACCAGAUCCUAGUGGCUGCAACGCGCGCGUCCGGAGAUCGAAGACGUCCAACGACGACGCCAGCGCACCAGAGUCUGUUUUCUGACGCUUGGGGACGGGCGAUGGCAGGCUGUCUUCAUGACGACAGCGCUCAACAACAGGAGAUCUUGAUCUCUUCAUCGGGGUGUCUGGAUAUACAAAGGUAAAGGUUAGUACAACCAGAUCUACUCGAAAUCGAGGACACAGACGCACAUGUCAGCAGCCCGUAGAAAUUUCUACCCGAUUCAGGUCGACGGCGUGAAUUUAAAAAUGCGUAUGAAGUGGCGAGUUCGCGCGCGAUUUUCGCGCCCAGCGACCGCAGAAGAUCGCGCAACUUCAAUUUGAAUAAAAGUCUCCUCUUAAGGGUGAAGUCUGUGUCGAUAGUAAAAAC